GUUCCAGUCGAAUUAAGUCUAGUCUUAUGAAGCCAACUUUGAGUUCCAGCGCUGCUUCAUUACCGAGGAGAAACAGCACGGGUGGCAUUUCUGAGAAGCAGGCCGUCACUGGUUCAAAACUUUCUUCAAAGAAUGGGAAAAAUGAAUCUCCUUCAAUGUUGAACUCAACGAAGAAAAGUAGCGCUGAAAGUAGAAGGUCAUCUCUCCCCCCGGUCAGCUCAAAGGUUUCAACACCGGAAGCAACUCUGAAUGGAAAAAAGGCUUCUUUAAGCUCGCGGUUACCUUCAAAGUUUAAUAAUGGCGCAGCAUAUUCUAUGCAAAGGUCAUCAGUUAAAGCAUUAGAGCCAUUGUCUUCAUUGAGGAGUGUUUCUUCACCUUCUCUGGAAAGCUCUAAUGGCCAUAGUAAGUCUAGGAAAACAACUUUGGUUGUUUCCUCUCCUUCAGCAAGAUCACCUCCUGUUACAAGCAGCCUGAAGUUGGGGUCCCUUUCAGCAUCUGUGGAUAGGAAUUCUUCACUACCUGGCAAGAAAAAAACUCAAACUGUUGAAAGUGGUGAUUCUCGUUUCAUGAUGCUCCCUCAAGUGGAUGCUAAAGCAAAGGAUGACCUGCGACUGGAUCUACGAGGGCAUGGAAUUCGUAGUCUUGAUGCAGCUGGGUUGAAUCUAUCACCAACCUUGGAGUUUGUUUAUCUCAGGGAUAAUUUGCUUUCAUCGGUGAAGGGUAUUGAAAUAUUGAAGCGGGUGAAGGUUCUUGACCUAAGCUUUAAUGAUUUCAAAGGGCCUGACUUUGAGCCUCUUGGGAAUUGCAAAUCCCUCCAGCAACUUUACCUUGCUGGAAAUCAAAUUACAUCACUUGCAGGCCUCCCGGAACUUCCUAGUCUUGAGUUUCUCUCUGUUGCUCAGAACAAACUAAAAUCACUUUGCAUGGCCACCCAGCCUCGGCUACAGGUUUUGGCAGCCAGCAAAAACAAAAUAUCAAGUUUUAAAGGUUUCCCACUUUUUCCUGUUCUUGAGAAUCUACGGCUUGAAGAAAAUCCUAUACUACAACUACGUCAUGUGGAGGCCGCAUCUAUAUUAUUAGUUGGCCCCACCUUAAAGAAGUUCAAUGAUCGAGAUCUAUCUCCCAAAGAGCUGGAGGUUGCAAAGUCUUAUCCACCUCAUGCAUCAAUUUGCAUUAGAGAUGGUUGGCAAUUUGACCGUCCAGAUCUGGCUGCUGAUUCAACCUUUUCUUUUCUUCUUGAGAAGUGGAAGGAACACUUGCCCCCUGGUUUCAUGCUUGAGGAGACUUCUGUUGACCAACCAUUUGAAGAAGAUAUUUGCCAUUGUCAUUUCAGAUUUAUUAAUUUGAGCAGUGACUCUGAAUUGGUCCUUAAAUAUCAAUGGUUUGUUGGCGAAAGGACUCCAAGUAAAUUUGAGGCUAUUGCUGAUGCAAUUGAAGAGACGUACUGGCCAAAACAUGAGGAUAUUGGGAAAUUCUUGAAAGUUGAAUGCACUCCCAUACUAAAAGAGGCAGUGUUUCCUCCCAUUUUUGCUAUUUCAGCACCUGUUUCCCCAGGAACUGGGUACCCAAAAGUUUUAAAUUUGAACGUGCAAGGUGAACUUAUUGAGGGAAAUGUGGUUAGGGGCUCUGCUGAGAUUGCUUGGUGUGGAGGAACACCAGGGAAGUGUGUAGCAAGCUGGUUGCGACGAAGGUGGAACAGCAGUCCAGUUGUAAUUGCUGGAGCAGAAAAUGAAGAUUAUCUCUUGACUGUUGCUGAUAUUGAUUCAAGCUUGGUUUUCAUGUAUACCCCUGUGACAGAGGAAGGUACAAAGGGGGAACCACAGUAUGCUAUAACUGAUUUUGUAAAAGCAGCUUCACCUUCAGUUAGUAAUGUAAGAAUUUUGGGAGAUGCUGUUGAAGGAAUUACAAUCGAAGGAACUGGAGAAUAUUUUGGAGGGAUAGAAGGUCCAAGCAAAUUUCAAUGGUUGCGAGAAGAUGAGGAGACUGGUGAUCUUGUGGUAGUUUCAGCUGGUUCUUCUGAUUAUACUUUGACAAAACAGGAUGUUGGGCGGCAUCUCGUAUUUGUUUAUAUUCCUGCUAACUUUGAAGGCCAGGAGGGAGAAUCUGUAUCCAUUGCGUCGCAGAUUGUGAGAAAAGCUCCACCGAAGGUAACCAAUUUGAAGAUCGUUGGAGAUCUGAGGGAAGGGAGUAAAUUGACAGUUACAGCAACGGUUAUCGGAGGAAAUGAGGGAUCUUCUAGGGUCCAGUGGUUUAAAACUCUUUCGUCUGAAUUUGCGGAUGAAAAUAGCCUGGAAGCAAUUAGUUCCUCGAAAAUUGCAAAGACUGUCCGCGUUCCACUCGGUGCUGUGGGGUACUACAUUGUUUCAAAGUUUAGUCCUGUGGCUGCUGAUGGUGAAACUGGUGAAUCAGCUUUUGUUAUCUCUGAGAAAGUAAUUGAAACACUUCCGCCGAGCCUAAAUUUUCUCUCCAUCACUGGUAAUUAUUGUGAGGGCGAAGUUUUGACAGCAUCAUAUGGUUAUUUUGGUGGGCACGAGGGCAGAAGCUUAUUCAAUUGGUAUCUUCAUGAUGCAGAAGGUACUGCUGGCUUAUUAAUCACUGAAGCAUCAGGUUCUUUACAAUAUCGCAUAACAAGAGAUGCUAUUAGCAAGUUUAUUUCAUUUAAAUGCACACCUGUUCGUGAUGAUGGUAUUAUUGGUGAACCCAGAACCUUCUGGGCUCCUGAGCCAGUUCUCCCAGGAAACCCUAGGUUACUUUCCUUGGAGAUAGUUGGUGAAGGUGUUGAAGGAACCACAUUGUAUGCUGAAAAGAAAUAUUGGGGUGGGGAAGAGGGUAAUUCUGUUUACCACUGGUUCCUGACGGCACCUGAUGGUGCAGUGACUGAAGUAGAAGGUUCAAACUCUGCUUCCUAUAAGGUAUCAUGCAGUGAUAUUGGUUUCCUCAUAUCUGUUUCAUGUGAACCAAUUAGAAGUGAUUGGGCUCAUGGUCCCACAGUAACUUCUGAACAUAUUGGUCCUAUUGUCCCUGGUCCACCAUGUUGUCAUUCACUUGAAUUUGUUGGAUCACUGGUUGAGGGGAAUUGUGUCAGUUUUGUUGCCUCCUAUAGUGGCGGGGUAAAGGGAAACUGCAUUCAUGAAUGGUUUAGGUUAAAGGAAAAUGGUGUUAAAGAAAUGUUAACUGAUGAUGAGUUUCUAUAUUUGACUUUUGAGGAUGUGGGAAGAUCGGUUGAGCUUGUUUAUACGCCUGUCCGUGAAGAUGGAUUGAGAGGCCCCAAAAAGUGUCUAAUGUCAGCCACCAUUUCUCCUGCGGAUCCCAAGGGUAUUGAGCUUGUUAUUCCUGACUGCCUUGAGGAUGAGGAGAUUAUUCCUCUUAAAUCCUAUUAUGGUGGAAAGGAAGGUAACGCGGAGUAUGUUUGGUAUAGAACGAGGUGUAAACCUGACGAAUUAAACAUGUUGAAUGUGACUGGUGCUACCGGGGACUUCGUAGUUGUUGGAACGAAUAUGACGUAUACGCCCACACUCGAAGACGUUGGCUCUUAUUUGAUGCUUAAUUGGGUACCUACACGUGAUGAUGGGAAACGAGGUUCUCCAGUAAUUUCCGUUGGCAGCAAUCCUGUCAUGGCAGCACUUCCAGUUGUUUCCAAUGUAUGCAUGAAGUACCUUGGUUCAGAAAUGUACCAAGGAGAAGGCCAAUAUUAUGGUGGAAUUGAGGGGUCAAGCAUUUAUACCUGGUACAGGCAAACUAGUGAUGGAACCAUUAUUCUCAUACCAGGAGCCACUUCUAUUAAUUAUAAAGCUGAAGAUCCAGAUUACAACUGCCGUUUGUUAUUUGGUUAUACCCCUGUUCGUUCAGACUCGGCUAUUGGGGAACUUGUACUGUCAGAAGCAUCCAACAUUGUUCUUCCAGAACUUCCGAAAAUUGAGUUGCUUUCUUUCAAUGGAAAGGAAUUAGAAGGAGAAAUACUUACAGCUGUUGAAAUAAUACCAAAAACUGAAAACCAAAAGUAUGUCUGGACCAAGUACAAAAAAGAUGUUAAAUACCAAUGGUUUUAUUCAGUGAGUAUGGGGGAGCAUCAGUCCUUUGAGCUGUUUCCCACACAACAGUCUAGCUCAUAUAGGGUCCGUUUUGAGGAUAUUGGCCGUUGCCUGAAAUGCGAAUGCACUGUUAAUGAUGUAUUCGGAAGAUCAAGUGAGACCGUCUCGGCAGUGACUUCUCCUAUAUUGCCAGGAAUGCCUAAAAUUUCAAAGCUUGAGAUUGAGGGAAGAGGUUUCCAUACGAACUUGUAUGCUGUUCGUGGUGUAUAUAGUGGAGGAAAAGAAGGAAAGAGCAAAAUUCAGUGGCUUAGAUCGAUGGUUGGAAGUCCUGAUCUUAUAUCUAUACCUGGCGAGUCCGGGCGUAUGUAUGAAGCUAAUGUUGAUGACGUUGGCUACAGGCUUGUUGCACUUUAUACUCCCAUACGAGAAGAUGGGGUAGAGGGAGAGUCUGUAUCUAUUUCAACGGAGCCUAUUGCAGUUGAACCCGAUGUGUCUAGAGAAGUAAAGCAAAAGCUUGACAUGGGAUCAGUGAAAUUUGAGGCAUUGAUCGACAAGGAGAAGAAGGUCCCAGGAGCUGGAAAUCUUGAGAAAAGGAUAUUAGAAGUUAACAGGAAGAGGAUCAAGGUUGUAAAGCCUGGUUCCAAAACUUCUUUUCCUGUCACCGAAAUCCGCGGAACCUAUGCCCCACCCUUUCAUGUGGAGCUUUACAGGAAUGAUCAACACAGGUUCAAAAUUGUAGUUGAUAGUGAGAAUGAGGUAGAUCUAAUGGUGCAGACACGGCACACAAGGGAUAUCAUUGUUCUUGUUAUCAGAGGGCUUGCUCAAAGAUUCAACAGCACCUCCCUCAAUUCCCUGCUGAAAAUAGAUAACUAAAGCUUCAACAAACUCAAAACAACAUUUCACAAGAAACAUUUACAGAGUCCUAAUGGAAUUUAUCAUCUGUUAGCCGCGUUGAUCGAUCGUAUAGUAUAUAUAUUCUUUUUUUCUGUAAAUUGUGAGAAAAUGUAUGGGCUUUUGUUAUUAUUACUAUUGUUGUUGUUGUUGUUGUUUGUAGCAUGUAUUCAUAGGAUAGUUUGUUGAUCAUUUGGGUUAUAUGAGCCAUGUGGCAGAGUGAAAUUGUUUGUGCAUCUUCUACUGAUUUCUAGUAUCAAGGCAAAAUUGCUUAUGGAGAAGAUAAUCAUAAUCUAUAUGAGUUCUGUUUCUCUUUUUAUUUUGAUAUAACAAUGAGAGGAUUUUAAA